GGCAUGUCGGUGGUCCAGCCGAGCAGACGGCAAAUCAUUUUUUAUUUUUUUGUCGCGGGUCGACGAACUUCUGAGGUGAGGUAAAGCAGUCUUUUGAAAGCAGCAGUUUUAUCGGACACCAGAAUUUGAACAACUAUCUUCACCACUUUUUCGGACAUGCUUCGUUUGGGAUACAUCUGGACUGCCUUCCUUUUACCAUGUGCCUGGGCACAAAACAGCAUGGGUGUUGUCAUCGAGGCAAGGAACAUUACUGUUCAAGCAGGGUCAGAUGUCAUUUUGCCAUGUCACAACCAGCGUACGGUUUGGAGGCAGGAUCGCUUGCGGGACCGCCAGCGUGUCGCACACUGGGACCUGAUCCGGACCCAACCCGAUUACACUGUGGAACGCAUUCUAGAUAUGUUCUCAGGGGGAACCGAGCGCCUGUAUAAUGACUACAACAAGGGCCGUAUUACUAUCUCAAAAGAUGCCUUCAGUGAUGGCAACUUCUCGCUGGUUAUUAACAAUGUGGACAUGAAUGAUAAAGGUAUUUAUACCUGCAACCUGCAUCACCACUAUUGCAAGGUCCACCAGUCGAUUAAAAUCCAACUCAACAUCACCAAAUCACCACGAAAGGAGAGACGUGUGUGGGGUGGUGAUAAGUCUGUGUUUGUGGUUCUGGUGGGGAAGAGUGUGGUUCUUCCUUGUGUGAACCGUAGACCAUUGUGGACGAACAGUCAUAGAGACGAAGGCCAGCAGCAGGUCGUUCACUGGGACUGGCAAGCGCCCGGGGUCACCCGUGACCGAGCAGACCGCCUCAUUGACAUGUACGCCUCUGGAGAAAACCGGCAGUAUGGACCACUGUUCCUCCAGCAGAAGAUGAACAUCUCAACUGAUGCAUUCUCCAUGGGGGAUUUCUCUCUAAGUGUACAUAACAUUCAACCUUCAGAUAAAGGCCUGUAUUCUUGUCAUCUUCACCAUCACUACUGUGGUCUUCAUGAGAGGCGAAUCUUCAGAGUGAUUGUUGGUCCAUCUGUCCAACCUCCACGUGUCCCUACUGAAGGACCAACCAUUCCCUUUUCCCAUCCAGUCAUACAUGCUGAUGACCCAAAUACCAACUUGGUUGAAGCACCUCACAUCCUCAGUGUAAUUCUGCCUGAGAAUCAAACUCACCUCCUGCACCAAGUGGGCUACAUCCUGGCAAUCUUCCUGGUGCUUCUCCUCAUGCUCAUAGGAAUCAUAAUGACCACUAGGCAUUGUAGAAAGAAAGGGCCUGUGUUUGAGGUUCGGAGGUAUGAGUGCAGGGAUCGAAGGGCAUCAAUUAAGCUAGAUGCCACAGAACUGCAACCCUACAAUCAAGAAUGCUUGCAUCUGGACUACAAGAAUAACAUAAUGAAAGAAAGGGCGGAGGCAAACAACUAUCCCUCUCCAUAGGUAAUUGAUCUCAACAGAGAAAUGGAAAGAAUAUCAUGGAAGUGAUUCAUGUUGAGCUGCUGGCUGGUCCAGAGCAUGCUGAAUGAGAAGAGAUUCAAAUACUUUACAAUAAGAGGAGCUUUACAUUUACUUUACAUUGAGAACCCAAACUGUAUUUCUGUCUUUUUGCUUCAGCAUAAUUACUGCUUAUUGAUCUGAAACAUGUAUCUUAUUUUGUAAUACUACAAUUCAGUUAAUAUUGGUAAAUAAUUUGAAGUUAAAUCUUUUUUUGAGGGUGCAACAGUGAUUUCACUAUGGUACACUGUUGAAUUAAGGUUACACAUACUUAUUAAUGUUUUAAGGCCAAUAUGCUGAAUUAAGCAUUUGUAGUACUCUUGUGCUGUUUUCUGUGUGGUAGAAGCCACUGUAUAUGUUAAUCUGACCAUGUUAAAACGGUACUUACCAGAAGAAGUGCACUGAAUGGAAAUAUCUUAUAAAACUCAGGAAGUAAACAAAUAGCUGUGGUUUCAGCACUAAGCAGCGAAAGAUGGUACACAAAUUAACCUCAUCGUCCUUAUGGCAAUUAAAUAUCUGUACUCUUCUGGUAAGUAUGUGUAUCUAUAUAGUACUUGUUUUAUGGAUUUGUAGUCCUACUUGACCAGGACUGCUUUGGUCCUGUCUGUUUUCAGUCCCUGUUUUACAGCAUUAUGUACAUGGCACAGAGCAGUUCAUUUGGUUUUGCAAUAUGAGCAAGACCCAUGUAUCUUUUUUCAUCGUUAUAUAUAUUUUUAAUCUAUUUCUUUGGUCAGUAAAUCUAAUUUACACAGGUUAGGAAGCGUUUGUGCAAGUGUAACAGGAUUAUGUAUAGGAAAACCCACAAAUCCAAUGAUUUGAAAAGCAGUAGGUUUGAUUCAAUCUGGAGUGUAUAUUUACCAUUAGAGUGGCUGUACAUGGUCAUGUUGGUAGAGGAACAGUGUACAAAUAUAAUAAAGUUUAUUCUGUGUAAAAGCUGUGUCCUUUUUAAACAAUUUAGCUCCAUUGUCUCCCUUCUAAGUAACAAGCAUGUUCCACCCACUGUUCUCAGAUUCUGUUAUCAGGCAAUGACUCUCUUUUUGCAUGUCCAUUUUUUUCCAUUUAAGGAAGCUAAAAGGAAAUUUUAGGAUUUUUAUAAUAUUUUAGUGAAUGUUAUACUAACAUACAGUUUUUUUUUUUUUUUUUACAAUAAUUUGUGUAAAUGUAUACCAUAAUUGACAUUCAUGAAGCAAUAUUUAAUUGAUGUAAGAAAUGCAGUGUAGAGUUUGAAUAUGCUAUAUAGAGAAAUGUUACUUUUUGUAUUCAAGAUUGUACACUACAACAAUUGUAGAACAAAACACUUUGAAAUAAACUGUUUAACUCCAUUAGGAAAUUAA